GUAAUACUCGUGAACAUAGAAAAAAAUAGCAAGUGAAAAUGGGCGUCUGGCGCUGUUCGAUAAUAUUGUUGUCGUUGUAUCUUUCUGGACAGACAUUUAUCUCGACCGAGUCAACACGGACUCCCUCUUCGCAUCUUCCUCCUCCAAUCAUCACCGAUUCCGAUACAUUUCAUCUAUACAUACACCUAUACACACAACCAUUUUAAUUUGAUUGUGUUAAUUUACGACAAUUACUCUCACAAUGUCAUCGGAGAUCGAGGUUGUUAGCGAGGUGGAAUCGCGAGACGCGGCGGUGGCGGCGACGCCGUCCGCCGACGAAGAUAAUUUGAAAAACGAUGUGUACACGGCGGCGGCGUACGGAGAUAUGGAGAAGUUAGAGAGAUUGGUGAGAAUUGAAGGUUGUUCAGUUACGCAGCCGGAUUCUCUAGGUUAUUAUGCGUUGCAGUGGGCGUCGCUUAACAAUCGUCCUGCUGCUGCUCAGUAUAUCAUCCAGCAUGGGGGAGAUGUGAAUGCUGCAGAUCACACUGGACAAACAGCACUGCACUGGAGUGCGGUGCGGGGAGCUGUUCAGGUUGCAGAGCUCUUGCUCCAAGAGGGUGCCAGUGUUGGUGCUGCUGACAUGUAUGGAUAUCAGGCAACACAUGUUGCAGCUCAAUAUGGCCAGACAGCAUUCCUUUAUCACAUUGUUACAAAGUGGAAUGCAGAUCCAGACGUUCCAGAUAAUGAUGGAAGAAGCCCUUUGCAUUGGGCUUCAUAUAAAGGCUUUGCCGAUUGCAUACGCCUUCUUUUAUUUUUAGAUGCAUAUCGAGGACGGCAAGACAGGGAGGGUUGCACACCUCUCCACUGGGCUGCUAUUAAGGGAAACUUAGAAGCAUGCACAGUAUUGGUGCAGGCUGGGAAAAAGGAGGAUUUAGUCGUGACAGAUAACACAGGUCUUACUCCAGCACAGCUUGCUUCUGAUAAGAAUCACAAACAAGUUGCCUUUUUCCUUGGUAAUGCUAAGAGGCUGCUUGACAAACGUUGGGAUGUAAAUAGUCGCCUUGGACAACUUUCAAAAUUAGGACUAGCACCAAUACUAUGGUGUUUGAUCUUCUUGUUACUUGUGACCUAUGUUCACUCAGUCAUCAUGGUUUCAAAUCUUCCCAAGUUGACCACUGGGCUCGGCUUUUUUGCAUGGUUGGGUGUGCUGUUAUCAACUUCUGGACUAUUUUUCUUCUAUAGGUGUAGUAGAAAGGAUCCAGGUUACAUCAGGAUGAAUGUUCAUGAUUCACAAAAUAUGAAGGAUGAUGAACCUUUGCUGAAGAUUGAAAUUGGCAAUCCUGCUUUGCUUGAUGGUAAUUGGUCUUUGCUUUGCCCGACCUGCAAGAUUGUUAGGCCUCUCCGUGCAAAGCAUUGUUCUACUUGUGAUAGAUGUGUUGAACAGUUUGACCAUCAUUGCCCCUGGGUAUCUAAUUGCGUUGGCAAGAAAAAUAAAUGGGAUUUCAUGUUGUUCCUUGUGUUGGAAUGUUUGGCUAUGAUGUUAACUGGUGGGAUCGCUCUCACAAGGGUUUUGACUGAUCCUUUAGCUCCAUCUUCAUUUGGGGCGUGGCUAAAUCAUGCUGGUAAUCAGCACAUAGGUGCUAUAGCAUUUAUUAUUCUAGAUUCUUUCAUCUUUCCUGGUGUGGCAAUCUUGACUAUUGUACAAGCUUCUCAGAUUUCGCGCAAUAUUACAACCAAUGAAUUGGCCAAUGCAAUGCGCUAUAACUACCUUAAAGGACCAGGCGGUCGAUUUCGAAAUCCAUAUGAUCAUGGAUGCAGGAAAAACUGUUCUGAUUUCUUGAGAACUGGAUACAAUGAAGAUGUAGAGUACAAGGAAGAAUCAGCUCAACCUGAGGGAAUCAGUCUGAUGCAUAUGAACAGAAAUUCACUCUUGCAAAAUGGGGUCUCUGGAUUGUCUAAACCAACCAAUGGAAAUAGUCAUGUUGCCAUAAAUAUGAAUGGACAGUCGAAUCACCGGCAUGGCCAUGUACAUUCGUCACAAUGUAACCAUAGCGAUGAUAGUAAAAAUGAUUCAGUUCCCUUAGGGUUGGGUCUUGGUCUGGGAAGGAACUCUACCCGGUCCAUUUUAGCUGUAUGAUUCAACAAUACCAUUAUCGUUCAGCCUGAUAUUUCUGUUGUGGGGAACUAUCUAUAGGCACAAAUCUGUACAUUGUAAAAUCAGUUGGUUACUGCUUAUACAAGUUCUGUGCUUUAACUUUA